AUGGCGGUGGAGAACAGCACUGUGGGCGCCCAGCAGGGCCCUGGAAACGGGAAUUACCACCCCGGCCCGGACACUCUGCCCGGCAACGCAGGGUCCAGCGAAAGGUUCCCUGCAUAUUGUUUACAUUCGCACGGUGACGACGCUACUGCUGCUCCCACCAUCACCGCCGCCGCCGACGACGACGUCAACACUCGCUCUUUCAACGACAACCUGCCCAAGACACCCAACGAGAAAUAUUUGCAGAGGCCGCACUCCGUCUCUUUGCAAUCUACUGCAUCGUUUGCGUCCGCGUCCGACUGCAGCGACAGGGACGCCGAUUCGUUCUUUGACUCGCGCCGGGCAUCUGUUAUCAGCACCGCCUCCUCCCUUUACUCGGUAGCCACAUCUCCGCUCCAGUACAAGCAGCAGCAGCAGCAGCAGGACCACUCGCCGCCCCUCACUCGCAGCCGGAGGGACGCCAAGCAGUUGCAUGCGGCCCGGCUCCAGCGCUCCGGAUCGACGAGCCUCGCCCUCGGAAGCAACAGGGAGAAGAAGGAGGGGCCCCGGUCAAAGAGGUUCCACCGGGGCACCGUCGGCGCCAGUCCCCAAGACGCCCUCUCCGCCACCGAGCCGCCACAUGAGCAGGGCCUGACGAGGAUGGCGUUUGCAGAGCAGCAGCGGUGGAUCACCGUGCAGCAGAAGACUUUUACCAAGUGGCUCAAUACCAAGAUCCAGGAGAGGAACCUCGAGGUGACCGACCUGGUCAAGGACCUCAGCGAUGGCGUGAGUAUUGACCCCGAGUUUGGCGCGGCAAAAAAAGCGAAGACAAAAACUGACAGGUUCUUUUUCGGAAAGGUCAUCCUCAUCCAUCUUUUAGAAUGCCUGUCCAGUGAAUCCCUGGGUCGAUAUGCCGCCAAGCCCAAGCUUCGGGUGCAGCGAUUCGAGAAUGCCAACCUGGCGCUCGACUUUGUCAAGUCUAGGGGGAUUCAGAUGACCAACAUUGGUGCUGAAGACGUGGUGGAUGGCAACAGGAAGAUCAUUCUGGGCCUCAUAUGGACUCUGAUUUUACGAUUCACCAUCAGUGACAUCAACGAGGAGGGCAUGACGGCAAAGGAAGGCCUGCUUCUGUGGUGUCAACGGAAAACCGCCUGCUACGAUGAGGUUGAUGUCCGUGACUUCAGUGCCAGUUGGAAUGACGGAUUGGCGUUCUGCGCCCUUCUGGAUAUCCACCGACCGGAUCUGAUAGACUAUGACGCUCUCGACAAGUCCGACCACCGGGGCAACAUGCAGAUGGCAUUUGAUAUCGCUCAUAAGGAGAUCGGUAUCCCCAAACUGCUCGAUGUGGAGGAUGUCUGCGAUGUGGCCAAGCCAGACGAGCGCAGUCUGAUGACAUACAUCGCCUACUGGUUCCACGCCUUCUCGCAGAUGGAGAAGGUUGAGAACGCGGGCCGUCGAGUCGAGAAGUUUGUCAACAAUAUGCAAGGCGCAUGGGAGAUGCAGAGCGCCUAUGAGAGGAGGAUGGCAGAGUUGUUGAAACACAUCAGGGCGCAGAUGCAGGAAUGGCAGGCUGCGACGUUCCAAGGGACGUAUGCAGACGCCAAGGCCCAAGCCCACGCCUUUGCCUCAUACAAGAGAGGCAAGAAGAGGGACUGGGUCGCUGAGAAGAGCGAACUGGCGACACUACUCGGCAAUAUCAAGACAAAGUUGGGCACCUACCGGCUCAGGCCAUAUGAGCCACCGGCCGAGCUGCGACUGGAGGUCAUGGAGUCGGAGUGGGCCAGCCUCGCAAAGAUGGAGAUGACGAGGGGCCAAUUGAUCAACGAGACCAUUCGAGACAUCAAGAAUGCCCUGCGCAAAUCUUUUGCCGACAAGGCCAACGAUUUCGCGCUCGCCCUCAAUACUAUGCAGCUCGCCAUCUCUGGACUGGAAGGUGAUGUUGAGGACCAGCUACACCACGUACGCAAACUCAGCGAGAACUUGCCGCCUCUUGACCAGUAUCUCGAGGCUAUCGCUGCUGUCGACGUCAAGUGCCAAGAAGCCAACAUUGAGGAGAACGACUUCACCACCUACACCUAUGACGAGCUCUGCUACGAACUCGGCCUUGUGAAGUCAUCGGUGUCGAAGAAACUGUCUUUCCUCGACAACCAGAUGGUCGCUCGCAACAUGACCAACCUCACCCCUAUCCAGCUCGAGGAGUUCGAGUCUGUCUUCCGUCACUUUGACCGGGACGAUUCCAAUUCCCUCCAGGAGCUCGAGUUCUCCGCGGCCCUGGCUUCCUUGGGACUCGUCUUCUCCGAGGACGAGAUGCACGAGUACUUUGUGGAGACGGCUCAUGGGCGUGACAGGGUCACCUUUGAGCAGUUCAUCCGCUUCAUGGUCGACGUGACCGAGGACCAGAACACAGCUGAGCAAGUCUUCCAGUCCUUCCGCGAGGUUGCAGACGGCAAGCCAUAUGUCACCGAGAUGGACUUGCGCCACUCCCUUGUGCCGGACGAGGUCAUUGACAAGCUGGUUGAGAUCAUCCCGCCCCAUACCGGACCGGACAUGGCCGAAGACAGGGGCCAGCCGCAGUACGAUUACAUUGCCUUCAUGGACAAGCUCAUCGCCGACGAGAGAAGCCAGUCGCCAACCAAAGCGAAUGGCAUUCACUAA